UGUUUGAUGGCGACGAGCAUGGAACAUGAGGAAGCGGCCGAGGAGACCGUGAAAACCUUUAAAGAGUUGGGAGUUACAGAUGUGCUAUGUGAAGCAUGUGAUCAGUUGGGAUGGAAGACCCCUACAAAGAUCCAGGUAGAGGCUCUUCCAGUUGCACUCCAAGGCCGUGACAUCAUUGGCUUAGCAGAGACAGGUUCUGGAAAAACGGGGGCUUUUGCUUUGCCCAUCCUUCAGACCCUACUAGAGACACCUCAGCGCUUCUUUGCUUUGGUACUCACACCUACCCGGGAGUUGGCUUUUCAGAUCUCGGAGCAGUUUGAGGCUCUUGGGUCUUCCAUUGGUGUCCAAUGUGCUGUUAUUGUAGGAGGAAUAGACAUGAUGGCCCAGUCUUUGGCCCUAGCCAAGAAACCACACGUAAUAAUUGCUACACCUGGGCGCCUUAUUGAUCACCUUGAGAACACAAAGGGCUUCAAUUUGAGAGCUCUGAAAUACCUAGUUAUGGAUGAAGCUGACCGAAUCCUCAACAUGGACUUUGAAACUGAGGUAGACAAGAUCCUGAAAGUGAUUCCCAGAGACAGGAAGACAUUUCUCUUUUCUGCUACAAUGACUAAAAAGGUGCAAAAACUCCAGCGUGCAGCUCUUAAGGAUCCUGUAAAAUGUGCAGUUUCAUCUAAGUAUCAGACAGUUGAAAAAUUACAGCAGUAUUAUGUAUUUAUUCCUUCCAAGUUCAAGGACAGCUACCUUGUCUACAUUUUGAAUGAACUUGCUGGGAACUCAUUCAUGAUAUUCUGCAGCACUUGCAACAAUACUCAGAGGACGGCCCUCCUGCUUCGGAAUCUGGGCUUCACUGCAAUCCCCCUCCAUGGACAGAUGAGUCAGAACAAGCGAUUGGGAUCACUGAACAAGUUCAAGGCCAAGGCACGUUCCAUCCUUCUGGCUACUGAUGUUGCUAGCCGGGGCCUGGAUAUCCCCCACGUUGAUGUGGUGGUGAAUUUUGACAUUCCUACCCAUUCCAAGGAUUACAUCCAUCGGGUGGGCAGAACCGCUCGAGCCGGGCGCUCCGGGAAAUCCAUCACUUUUGUCACACAGUACGAUGUGGAGCUCUUCCAGCGCAUCGAGCACCUGAUUGGCAAGAAGCUGCCUGCCUUCCCCACACAAGAGGAGGAGGUCAUGAUGCUGACAGAGCGUGUGGCUGAAGCACAGAGAUUUGCACGGAUGGAGUUGCGUCAGCAAGGGGAAAAGACAAAGCGCUCUCGGGAAGAGGCAGACGAAGAUGACGCAGAAGGAGCAAUGGGUGUCAGGAACAAAGUUGCUGGUGGGAAAAGGAAAAAACGGAAAGCUUGAGAAGUGCCUGUCACCAGACUUUCUUUGUUCCAUGCAUCUGGGGAGUGGGCCUUCUGGGUGUCAUCAGUCCAACCCCAAUAUUAGACUGAUCAUCCAGUGCUAACCAGAAAGCAAGACAUUUUCUGCUCUACUAGCUUCUUUGCAAAUUGGGCAUUCCAGUUGCUCACACGUAAUCCAGAAACAAUUCUCCUGCAGACCUGGACAAUGUGUCCUAACUUUGUAGAUGCUCUUAACUUCUUCAGCCCACGAGUGUUCUGUUCACUGGAAGGUAGCAGGAGAUUCUGUAAACUUGUUAUAGACAGUGGAAUUAUGACAGAACCUUUUCAACCUGCGGCUGCUUGGUUACGGAGAGUGACUUCUGCAUCCUAUAACCAUUUUAAGAAAAUUGGUCAACCCCCUACUCAAAGACACAACAACUUUGUACUGUUUCCAGAUGUACCAGGAGAAGAUGGAAUUCUGUAAUUGCCUUUUAUGGUGGGACCUGAUAGGGGAAGAGAGAAUAAUAAUAAAAAGUUCUCUUUAAAUCCAA